UUCGUUAAUCUUUAAUAUAAAGUAGUCUUUUCUUCUUACCAAGAAAAAAUACUCAUACUACUAACUAUGUUGUGCUUUUAAUUAAUUAAUUUUUUAAGAAAGAAAAAAAAGGAGAAACAAAGCCUCCCCUCCCCUUAGUGCGUGUGUAUAUAUAUACGGGGGAGAGAUGGGAGGGGGCAGGGGGAAGAGAGGAAAUAGAAAUGGAGAGAAGAGCAGACCCAAUCAAAAGAAGCGUAAGGGCUGAGGAGCUGCCGGAGAGUCCGAGAGGACCCAUGGAGUUCCUGAGCAGAUCAUGGAGCCUCUCUGCCUUCCAUAUCUCCAGAGCUCUUUCUUCUUCUUCUUCUUCUGCUUCUGCCUGCACCACUUCUUCUACUACCACCAGUGCUAUACCUGAAGGAGAAGAAGAUACCCACCCACUCUCCCAAGAGCCUCCUCCCCCCGUUUAUAACCAUCCGCAGCUUGUUCUCGACCGCAUCCUCUCCCACUCGGAAGUGGCGUCACCAACGGUAACAUCAGGGAGGCUUUCGCACAGCAGCGGACCACUCAACGGCGGAGGCGGCGUUGGUUCUGACACUCCUCCCUUCUCUCCCUCUCCCCAUGACUUCGACGACCUCCUCCAGUACUUUCGCACCCACAACACCAUACAGCCCCUGUUCUCUGGUACAAGCGCCAGCCGUGGCGCCACCAGUAAUGGCAAUGCCACGCCAGUAGGCGGUGGCGGUGGACCAAAAACAGUAGGCAGAUGGCUCAAGGACCGUAAAGAAAAGAAGAAGGAAGAGAACAGAGCUCACAAUGCGCAGAUCCAUGCCGCUGUCUCAGUUGCCGCAGUUGCCUCCGCUGUAGCGGCCAUAGCAGCAGCAACUGCUGCUUCCUCCUCUGGCAAACACGAGCAGAUGGCAAAAAUUGAUAUGGCAAUGGCUUCGGCAGGGGCACUGGUUGCAGCUCAGUGCGUAGAGGCUGCAGAGAAUAUGGGAGCUGAGAGGGAUCAUUUGACGUCAGUUGUAAGUUCUGCUGUGAAUGUUAGGUCCCACGACGACAUUGUCACCCUCAAUGCAGCUGCUGCAACAGCUCUACGAGGGGCAGUCACAUUGAAGGCGAGAGCCCUCAAAGAGGUUUGGAACGUCACAGCAGCCCUAACAACAGAGAAAUCAACCACUGCAGGGAUUUGUGGUCAGCUUACAACAAAGCACAGUGACAGUAGCUUUAGCGGAGAACUGCCUGUAUCCGGCCAAGAGUUCCUAAGCAUCUGUAACCAGGAACUGCUAGCCAAGGGCACUGAGCUCCUCAAGCGAACCCGUGGAGGUGACCUCCACUGGAAGAUUGUCUCUGUUUAUAUCAACAAAGUAGGUCAAGUGACACUCAAAAUGAAAAGCAAACAUGUCCGAGGGACCUUCACCAAGAAAAAGAAACAUUUGGUGGUCGAAGUGAAGAGGGAAAUACCUGCGUGGCCUGGUAGGGACUUAUUGAACAGUGGAGAGCAGGGUUACUACUUCGGACUGAGGACAGAGACCACAAGGGUCAUCGAGUUUGAAUGCAGGAACCAGAGGGAGUAUGAUAUAUGGACUCAGGGGGUUUCCUGCCUUCUAGCCAUUGCAUCUGAGAGGAAGCAAAUGAGUCCACAGUCCAACGGAUGGCACCUGAAUGGCGUGAACUAAUACAAUACAACUUCUCACUUUGAUUGGAAUACAAGCUAGCUCCCCAAGACCAGACAAGGUUUAUCCAUCAAGAAGCAGAGCAGAGAGACUCGACCUUUUCUAAUUGUCCUUCAUUAAGGAACUUACUUUCAAUUAAACAUAUGGUUUCACCACAUAGGUGACUUUCACAGGCAACAACCUCGCGAAUAUGACUAUUGGUAUUUGAUAUGCAA